GUCACUAUUUAUAUGCCUCCAAAAAAAUUGUACAUAUUUCUUGAAUUUUGCUACUUUUAAGCUCUCAUCUUCAAUCCCAACCUUCUUUUCAUUCUCCAAACUUUUAGCUAGCUAGCCCUCUCAAUUCUUUGCUCUUCCCCUUAUUCAACAAUUCAAACCCUUAUAUAUACACAUUAUAUAUAUAAUAUCAAGUGAGCUAUAUAGCUUUAUUUUAUUCUCUGAUCAUUUUGGAGAUUUAAUUGUUUUUACGAGUUAAAGAAUCAAGAAAAGAAAGGAAGAGCAAAAGAAGAAGUUUGUUUUAGUUUACAAAUUUAGAUUUUGAGCUCAUGGAUUUUUGGCUGUGGAGAUUGUUCUUUGUUGCCUUAGCUGAGAUUCUUCUCUUUCAUGGCUUCUGCUCAUCCGAGCAAGCUCCAAAUUACAGCUUCAUGCAGCAAGCAAGCUCAGCUCCACCAGUCUCCUACUACGACUACAUCAUCAUCGGCGGCGGCACCGCCGGCUGCCCCCUCGCCGCCACGCUCUCCCAAAACUCCACCGUGCUCCUCCUGGAGCGCGGCCCCUCGCCCUACGGCAACCCCAACAUCACCGAGAUCUCCUCCUUCGGGCGGGCCCUCUCCGACCUCUCCCCGGCGUCCCCGGCCCAGCGCUUCAUAUCCGAAGACGGCGUCAUCAACGCCCGCGCCCGCGUCCUGGGCGGCGGCAGCUGCAUCAACGCCGGCUUCUACACGCGCGCCGCCGCCGGCUACGUGGCCGCCGCCGGCUGGGACGGCAGGCUGGUGAAUGAGUCGUACGAGUGGGUGGAGAAGGUGGUUGCGUUCGAGCCGCCGAUGAAGCAGUGGCAGUCGGCGGUGAGAGACGGAUUGCUGGAGGCCGGCGUCAAUCCUUACAAUGGCUUCACGUAUGACCAUUUGAACGGGACGAAGGUGGGCGGGACCAUCUUCGACGGCGAGGGGCGGCGGCACACGGCGGCGGAUCUUUUGCAGUAUGCUAACCCUAAGGGCCUCACGGUGAUGUUGCAUGCUUCUGUCCAUAAAAUUCUAUUCAGCAUCAAAGGGAAGAAGAGGCCGUUAGCUCAUGGGGUAAUAUUUAGAGACGUUUCUGGAAAGAAGCACAAAGCAUACUUAAAAGAUGGAGAGAAAAAUGAGGUUAUAUUAUCAGCAGGGGCCCUUGGAAGCCCACAGCUUCUAAUGCUGAGUGGGGUGGGCCCAUUGGACCAGAUCAAGGCCCAUAACAUAACACUAGUUUUGGACCAGCCUUUGGUGGGCCAAGGCAUGGCGGACAACCCAAUGAAUGCAAUUUUCAUUCCGUCGCCGAAUCCUGUGGAGGUGUCGUUGAUUCAGGUCGUCGGCAUUACCCGCUACGGGAGUUAUAUCGAAGCCGCCAGCGGAGAAAACUUCGCUGGCGGCUCCGCCACAAGAGACUUUGGACUCUUCUCUCCGAGGAUUGGUCAGCUCUCAAGUGUGCCACCAAAGCAAAGGACCCCAGAAGCCCUAGCAGCAGCAAUAACAGCCAUGGAAGCCCUAAACCCCAUAGUUUUCAACGGUGGAUUCAUUCUGGAGAAGAUACGAGGCCCCCUCUCCCAAGGCCACCUCCGCCUCGUAAACACGAACCCUAACGACAACCCUUCCGUCACAUUCAACUACUUCCAACACCCCGAGGACCUCCACAGAUGCGUGGAGGGCCUCAGGGUGAUCGAGAGGGUGAUCCAGUCGCGGCCCAUGGCGGCCUUCAGAUACGACUACCUCUCCCUCCCGCUCCUCCUCAACAUGAGCGCCAACGCGCCCGUCAACCUCCUACCCCACCACGCCAAUGUCUCCACCUCCCUCGAGCAGUUCUGCAGGGACACCGUCAUGACCAUUUGGCACUACCACGGCGGAUGCCGCACGGGGUCCGUUGUUGACUCCGAUUAUCGGGUUAUUGGAAUUGACGGUUUGCGUGUCGUUGAUGGAUCCACCUUUCAUGACUCUCCCGGAACCAACCCUCAAGCCACUGUUAUGAUGCUUGGGAGGUAUAUGGGAGUGAAGAUUCUGCAGGAGCGAUUGGGAAAUUCAUGAUUGCUCAAGAAUUGUUUUUCUCAACCUUGUGGGUUGUUGAACAUAAGAGUGUAUUUGGAUGAUGGACGACAGUGGUUAUACUUUUUUUUAAAUGCAAUAAUUAAAUGAAUCCAUAGCUUCAUUAA